GCCCCACCGGCCCUCGCAGCCCAGGUCCCGCCACGCCGUGAAGUUUGCGGAAACUUUUGCCGUUGCUUCCCCGCCCGCGCCAGCCGGGGAGUUGUGACGCAGCGUCUGGGGCUUGAAGCCCGGACUGAGAAUAGAGGGACGGCGAGGCGGGGAAGAGGGAGGGCGGCGGAGAGCGAGAGAAAGAGCGCACGCCGGGGUCCUCCUCGACCGCGCGGAUUCUCCUCUCCGCCUCCCCUUUCUUUCCUCCCUUGGCGCUCUCUCUGCGGCCCCGGGCCCGCGCCCGCCCGCGCCUCCUCCCCUUCCCCUCCCACGCUGCCCGCUUCCCUUCCCCUCUGCCCCUCAAACCCUCCUCCCGGGUUCUGCGCUCCUCCCUCCGCCCUCCCUCCGCCCGGCCAGCCUUCUUCCCUCCUCCUCUCCUCUUCUCCCCGGGAGGCAUCACUUCGUCCCGACCGGAGGGAAGACGCCAGCCCCUCGCGGGCGAUCAUCACAGCCCUGCGCCCGCGCUGCCACCGCGCGCCACGCCCGUGCGCCCUCGGUCUCUCCAUCCCCCCGUCCCCCAGCGCCGCGCCGCGGGCAUGGAGCCCCGCCGGCCGGCCCCCGCGCCCUGGCCUCGUCACCUGCUGCGCUGCGUCCUGCUCCUCGGGGGUCUGCACCUCGGCCGGCCCGGCGCGCCCGUGUACGCCGCCGCCGCCGCCGCUCUCCCGGAGCCCAACGUCUUCCUCAUCUUCAGCCACGGACUGCAGGGCUGCCUGGAGGCCCAGGGGGGGCAAGUCAGAGUCUCCCCAGCCUGCAAUGCCAGUCUGCCCGCCCAGCGCUGGAAGUGGGUCUCCCGAAACCGGCUGUUCAGCCUGGGUACCAUGCAGUGUCUGGGCACAGGCUGGCCGGGCACCAACACCACAGCCUCCUUGGGCAUGUACGAAUGUGACCGGGAGGCGCUGAAUCUUCGCUGGCACUGUCGCACACUGGGUGACCAGCUGUCCCAGCUCCUGGGGGGUCGCACCGGCAACAUGUCCAAGGCUGGUGGCCCCGAGCGCGGCGACCAGACCCGCAGCGGCCAGUGGCGCAUCUAUGGCAGCGAUGAGGAUCUGUGUGCGAGGCCCUACUAUGAGGUCUACACCAUCCAGGGGAACUCCCACGGGAAGCCAUGCACCAUCCCCUUCAAGUAUGACAACCAGUGGUUCCACAGCUGCACCAGCACAGGCCGCGAGGACGGGCACCUGUGGUGCGCCACCACCCAGGACUACGGCAAGGACGAGCGCUGGGGCUUCUGCCCCAUCAAGAGUAAUGACUGUGAGACCUUCUGGGACAAGGACCAGCUGACUGACAGCUGCUACCAGUUUAACUUCCAGUCCACUCUGUCGUGGAGGGAGGCCUGGGCCAGUUGCGAGCAGCAGGGGGCAGACCUGCUGAGCAUCACGGAGAUCCACGAGCAGACCUACAUCAACGGGCUCCUCACUGGCUACAGCUCCACACUCUGGAUUGGCCUGAAUGACCUGGACACCAGUGGAGGCUGGCAGUGGUCCGACAACUCGCCCUUGAAGUACCUCAACUGGGAGAGUGAUCAGCCGGACAACCCGAGCGAGGAGAACUGCGGGGUGAUCCGCACGGAGUCCUCGGGCGGCUGGCAGAACCGCGACUGCAGCAUCGCGCUGCCCUACGUGUGCAAGAAGAAGCCCAACGCCACGGCCGAGCGCCGGCCUCCGGACGUGUGGGCCAACGUGAAGGUGGAGUGCGAGCCCAGCUGGCAGGCCUUCCAGGGCCACUGCUACCGCCUGCAGGCGGAGAAGCGUAGCUGGCAGGAGUCCAAGAAGGCGUGUCUGCGGGCUGGUGGGGACCUGCUCAGCAUCCACAGCAUGGCCGAGCUGGAGUUCAUCACCAAGCAGAUCAAGCAAGAGGUGGAGGAGCUGUGGAUCGGCCUCAACGACUUGAAACUGCAGAUGAAUUUUGAGUGGUCUGAUGGGAGCCUUGUGAGCUUCACCCAUUGGCACCCCUUUGAGCCCAACAACUUCCGGGACAGCCUGGAGGACUGUGUCACCAUCUGGGGGCCGGAGGGUCGUUGGAACGAUAGUCCCUGCAACCAGUCCUUGCCCUCCAUCUGCAAGAAGGCUGGCCAGCUGAGCCAGGGGGCGGCCGAGGAGGACCAUGGCUGCCGAAAGGGUUGGACAUGGCACAGCCCCUCUUGCUACUGGCUGGGAGAGGACCAAGUCACCUACAGUGAGGCCCGGCGCCUGUGCACCGACCACGGCUCUCAGCUGGUCACCAUCACCAACAGGUUUGAACAAGCCUUUGUCAGCAGCCUCAUCUAUAACUGGGAUGGUGAAUACUUCUGGACCGCCCUGCAGGACCUCAACAGCACGGGCUCCUUCCGCUGGCUCAGUGGGGAUGAUGUCAUGUAUACCCACUGGAACCGGGACCAGCCUGGGUAUAGCCGUGGGGGCUGUGUGGCCCUGGCCACAGGCAGCGCAAUGGGGCUGUGGGAAGUGAAGAACUGCACCUCCUUCCGGGCUCGCUACAUCUGUCGCCAGAGCCUGGGCACACCUGUGACGCCCGAAGUGCCAGGGCCCGACCCCACGCCCAGCCUCACCGGCUCCUGUCCCCAGGGCUGGGGGUCGGACCCCAAACUCCGGCACUGCUAUAAGGUGUUCACCUCAGAACGGCUGCAGGACAAGAAGACCUGGCUGCAGGCCCAGGGGGCCUGCCGAGAGUUGGGGGCCCAGCUGCUGAGCCUGGCCAGCUAUGAGGAGGAACACUUUGUGGCCAACAUGCUCAACAAGAUCUUUGGUGAAUCAGAGCCCGAGAUCCACGAGCAGAACUGGUUCUGGAUGGGCCUGAACCGUCGAGACCCCGGAGCGGGGCAGAGCUGGCGCUGGAGCGACGGCUUGGGGUUCUCUUACCACAAUUUCGACCGGAGCCGGCACGACGACGACGACAUCAGGGGCUGUGCCGUGCUCGACCUGGCCUCCCUGCAGUGGGUGGCCAUGCAGUGCGAGACGCAGCUGGACUGGAUCUGCAAGAUCCCUCGAGGCACAGAUGUGCGGGAGCCGGACAUCAGCCCACAAGGCCGGCGGGAGUGGCUGCGUUUCCAGGAGGCUGAGUACAAGUUCUUUGAGCACCACUCCACGUGGGCUCAGGCGCAGCGCAUCUGCACGUGGUUCCAGGCCGAGCUGGUCUCCGUGCACAGCCAGGCCGAGCUGGAUUUCCUGGGGCACAACCUGCAGAAGUUGUCCCCAGGCCAAGAGCAGCACUGGUGGAUUGGCCUGCACACUGCAGAGAGUGAUGGGCGUUUCAGGUGGACCGAUGGUUCCAUUAUAAACUUCAUCUCCUGGGCACCGGGUAAACCUCGGCCCAUUGGCAAGGAUAAGAAGUGUGUGUACAUGACCGCCAGCCGAGAGGACUGGGGGGACCAGAGGUGCCUGACCGCCUUGCCCUACAUCUGUAAACGCAGUAACAGCACAGGAGAGCCCCAGCCCCCGGACCUACCACCCACGGCCCUAGGGGGCUGCCCGUCCGGCUGGAACCAGUUCCUCAACAAGUGUUUCCGAAUCCAGGGCCAGGACCCCCAGGACCGGGUGAAGUGGUCAGAGGCACAGUUCUCCUGUGAACAGCAAGAGGCCCAGCUGGUCACCAUUGCAAACCCCUUAGAGCAAGCUUUCAUCACAGCCAGCCUGCCCAAUGUGACCUUUGACCUUUGGAUUGGCCUCCAUGCCUCUCAGAGGGACUUCCGGUGGGUGGAGCAGGAGCCUCUGCUGUAUACCAACUGGGCCCCUGGGGAGCCCUCUGGCCCCAGCCCUGCUCCCAGCGGCAACAUCCCGACCAGCUGCGCGGUGGUCCUGCACAGCCCCUCCGCUCACCUCACUGGCCGCUGGGACGAUCGGAGCUGCGCGGAGGAGACACAUGGCUUCAUCUGCCAGAAGGGCGCAGACCCUUCCCUGAGCCCGUCCCCAGCAGCGUCGCCCCCUGCCCCGGGCACUGAGCUCUCCUACCUCAACGGCACCUUCCGGCUGCUGCAGAAGCCUCUUCGCUGGCAGGACGCCCUCCUGCUGUGUGAGAGCCGCAACGCCAGCCUGGCGCGUGUGCCUGACCCCUACACCCAGGCCUUCCUCACACAGGCUGCCCGAGGGCUGCGCACCCCACUCUGGAUCGGGCUGGCCAGUGAGGAGGGCUCCCGACGGUACUCCUGGGUCUCGGAGGAGCCGCUGAGCUACGCAAGCUGGCAGGACGGGGAGCCCCAGCAGCCAGGGGGCUGCGCCUACGUGGAUGUAGACGGCGCCUGGCGCACUGCCAGCUGCGACACCAAGUUGCAGGGGGCCGUCUGCAGCAGGAGCCGCGGGCCCCCUCCUCCCCGAAGAAUAAGCUACCACGGCAGCUGUCCCCAAGGGCUGGCCGACUCCGCGUGGAUUCCCUUCCGGGAGCACUGCUACUCCUUCCACAUGGAGCUGCUGCUGGGCCACAAGGAGGCGCUGCAGCGCUGCCAGCGAGCGGGUGGGGCGGUCCUGUCCAUUCUGGAUGAGAUGGAGAACGUGUUUGUCUGGGAGCACAUGCAGAGCUCUGAGGGCCAGAGUCGGGGUGCCUGGCUGGGCAUGAACUUCAACCCCAAAGGAGGCACCCUGGUCUGGCAGGACAACACAGCUGUGAACUACUCCAACUGGGGGCCCCCUGGCCUGGGCCCCAGCAUGCUGAGCCACAACAGCUGCUACUGGAUCCAGAGCAGCAGCGGCCUUUGGCGCCCGGGCGCCUGCACCAACGUUACCAUGGGCGUCGUCUGCAAGCUCCCCCGAGCUGAGGAGAGCAGCUUCUCACCAUCAGCAGCGCUCCCCGAGAACCCGGCCGCCCUCGUGGUGGUGCUGAUGGCCGUGCUGCUCCUCCUGGCCCUGCUGACCGCGGCCUUGAUCCUCUACCGGCGGCGACAGAGCGCGGAGCGUGGGACCUUCGAGGGCGCCCGCUACAGCCGCAGCGCCUCUGGCCCCGGCGAGGCCACUGAGAAGAACAUUCUGGUGUCUGACAUGGAAAUGAAUGAGCAGCAGGAGUAGAGCCAAGGGCGGUGGGCAGGGUGGGCACAGGAGGAUUGGGGAGGCCGGACCCUGGGUCAGCCAGGCCCCCCCACCAGCUGCCAGUCCAGGUGGCCUAUGGAGGGUGCCUUUGGGAGCCACUGUUGGGAGCUGGGGCUGAUCAGGGCCUGGCUGGUGGGGUCCCUCCCUCCCAUGAGGGCUGGGCUGAGACCCGGCUGAGUGCAGCGUGGUGUUUCCCUCUGGGGGGAGGCUAAGGUCUUGUCACCUGGGCCUGUGCCCCCACGGUGACCAGAAGCAGGACGGAAGCCUCUUUCUGCCCCUUUUCCCCAGGCCCCCCUGCCCAGGCCUGCUGACCCCAUGUCAUGGGACCCCCGUCUCGUUGCAGAGCCUGAGGAUCCUCCUGGGCCCUCAGCUAGCCUCUGUUGCUUCUCUCCUUCCUGGCAGCCUUGGCUCUGAACUCCCUCUGCCCUCCCCCCUCCCGUUUUUCCUGUAGCCCUUCCUUCUGAGCCAGGGCCCCAGAGUUUGGGGAGCCCUGUUGCUCAUGGUGGGUGUCAGCUAAGGGGCCAAACAUCUGUGACUCCUGUGCCUGCUGGGGUGGCCCAUGGGGCACAGAGGAGGGGCCUGGGUUAAGCCUGAGAACCAGGGCCCCACCGGGGUGUCAGCUGGGCUGGAAACAGGACUGGGAGAGACACCCUGACCCCCAGGGGGUGACCGGGCUGAGGUGUCAUCUCCUGCUGGUUGGGGGAGGGCUCUAUCCCUAAAGAGUCCCCUGUGGGGACCAAAGUAAGUUCCCUAACAUUUCCAGCUCCUGGCUCUGGUUGGAAGAGAGACGGAGGGGGUUGCCAGAGCCCUGGGGCCUCAGAAGCAGGAGACCGCCCUCUAGUGGGGCCCAGAGGAACAGUGCCCCAGCUCCCGGAAGGGCCCAGCCCCAGGGCGCUGACUCAGUGCCUUUCCAAGAGGCCAUCCCUGGACCAGGCUGGGGCGACGGCCAGUCCCUGUGCCAUGGGGCGUGGGACAAUGUGAACACGGACUCAAAGACAUGGUCCUUUUUUGUAGUUCUUAAUUUUUUUAAUGUGCCAUUAUUGUGGAACAAGAAAAGAAAAGAAAAAAGAAAAGCAAACAAAUAA